AUGGAUACUUCUGAGUGCCUGGAUGAGUCAUGGGGGCUUUAUACCCAACUUGGAGAUAGCCAAGACAGACUAGUGCUCGUGACAAGGUGUCCGGCCGGAGGGACAGCUUUUCCACUCCAGCAGGAGAGCGCUCGUGUGUCUCCGCAGAACCCGACGGUUGCACGAGAUGCUUUCGUCAGUGUAAAGCUCGGGCUCUGUACAUACUACCGUUUUUCCCUCUUCUCUCCUCAAAGCUGCCAGAUGGACAGGGACAGCUUACGCCGCUUCUCAGAGCUGCUGAGUUUUAAUCAGCCAGCCUAUCAAAAUUUGAGGCAGAAAGUAGACAACUUUGUAUCGACCCACCUGGACAAACAGGAAUGGAAUCCAGCAAUGAAUAAAAACCAGUUACGAAAUGGGCUAAGGCAGAGUGUGAUUCAGUCAGGAAUGCUGGAAGCUGGAGUGGACAGAAUUAUUUCUCAGGUGGUGGAUCCAAAACUAAACCACAUCUUCAGGCCCCAGAUAGAGAGGGCGAUUCAUGAAUUUUUGGCUGCACAAAAGAAAGAGGAAAGUGUGCCAGCUCCUCCUCCAGAGCCUGAGAAUAAGGAUCCUCCUGCUCCAUCUCAGGAUGCCUCCUAAAGUGAGUUCCUGAUACUAAGCGGCUGCAGUUGCAAAAUAUGUGUCCUGUUAGAUUGGCAAUGGAUUACUUGUUCCAUUUGGUGCAGGGCUGCUGUCUGCCAAAGAUGAUUAACCUUUAUCAGACCUGUGGGAAGGCAUUGAAAUCAGUGAAAUUCAGAUGCACCCAGAGUUCUGCGUGUGGAGGGAGAGCCAAAAUGUGAAGAUAUUUUUGCUAUUAACAGCAAUACGGAGAGCAUCACGUAUUCUUGUUAGUCAUGGCUUCAGGCAAGGGGGUGGGAAGAAGAAGGGAGUUGGCUCUUGUCUGGAGGGGGCAGGGAAGUGGUUUGAGAUGAUACUGGACUUGGGAGCAGGAAGAAAAGAAAGACGUUUUGGGGGGUGGGGUAGUCUCUUGGAGACCAAGUAAGAGCUGACAGAUUUUCUUUGAUAAACGCCAGAUGAGAGGAAGCAUCAUACACCUCUGCUGCAUAACACAGCAUUGAGUAGUAGGUGCCAAGUCAGGUGUAACUCAUUGCACUGCCUGCUUUAGGAAAGACAUUUCCUGUUUAAAACUGGAAAGAACAUUUCAGGAUCAAUUAUCUAGAUAAUUUCUGUUGCAUUGCAGGAAAAUGUUUACAGUUGGCUAUGACUAUAGCUGAUUUAAUUCUUACUUCCUAGGUAACUCUGGGAAGCAAAGGGCACCAGAGUAGGUGAUCAGUUUGAAACUUGUCUCUUUCAACUUGAAAGACUUUUCUUUCCCAUGCAAUUUCUCAGGUGCCUAGUGGAAACUGUCCUAUGCUUUCAGCUUGAAUGCAUGCAGUGUCCUCUGGAUGACAGUCAAGUAGAGAAUGUGAUCAAAUAUUCUGCCAGCAAAUGUCCAUACCUUUUGCAAUAAAAGACUUCAAAAAGC